GUGUCAGUGAAGGAACGAUUUUUGAUGCGCUCCCCGGGAUGUUGUUUGCGGAAAGGAAUAUAGCAAACCAGUUCCAUGAGAGUGAUGCGAAUGCGAACGCGGCCUUAUCAUACGCCGUGGAGGACCUGGGCGUCCAGCAUAUCAUCGUCAUGGGCCAUUACGGCUGCGGUGGCGUAUCAGCAGCCAUUUCCUCGCCCCCUUCUCAGCCGUGGGAUGUAGCUGACGCUGCUGUGCAAGAAUGGAUCCUUCCUCUAAGAAAAUUAUACGCCCAAUCAAUGAGGUACGCAUGAAACGGUAUCGUUG